CAGCAGCAUUCUCCCAGAAGACAAGCGCCGUGCUGCUAUUCACACACCAGUUCCGAUCUCAUUAACUCCGAGGUCUGCUUAUAUAUCGGCGUCAUUAAGUGCAUAUUCUUCUUUCUAAGUUCUUGAACAGCUCGUUUAAAGAUGUUGGCAUGCACCGAAAUGAUCACGAUGUGUCUUCAGUCGGCGAAGCGCGAGCAUCUCCGCUCCAAGCAGCAGCAGCAGCAUCAGAUGCAGGAUGCGGUUCACGGACUGUCCAUCUUUCACGAUAUUUUCCGUCGAGCUGACAAAAACGAUGACGGGAAGCUGUCCUUCGAGGAGUUCAAAGCGUACUUUGCAGAUGGGAUACUGACGACUGACGAGCUGCGCGAGCUCUUCUACUCCAUCGAUGGACGGCAUACAAAUAACCUCGAUACAGACACACUAUCAGAUUACUUUUCCCAGCAUCUUGGAGAAUACCUGGACGUUCUGUCAGCGUUAGAGAAACUCAAUGUCGCCGUCCUAAAGGCCAUGGACAAGACGAAGGAGGAGUACCAGGGCUCGUCGGUUCUGGGGCAGUUUUUUUUGGCAGUGAAUGUAGAAGUGCAGACGCCGGUUGAAGUUAAAGUCCCGGAGCAUCUGGUCAUACAGAAGAACAACAGAAGAUGUGGCCGUCGAGUGCAGAAGAACAUGUGUCUGUCCCCGACUGAUCCGUACUCGGGCAUUCUCACUACCGGCGUUACCGUAGAUACAGAUGAGCACUGGUGCUCUCAGAUCAACAGACUGCAGCAGCUCAUCGACAAACUGGAGUGUCAGAGUCCAAAGUUGGAGCCACUGAAAGAAGAUACACUGGCCAGCACAUACAAAUCAAACAUUCUGCUGGUGCAGAGACAGAUGAGCGUGACAGAGAAUGGUCUCGAGGAGUUCCAGAAGACUCUGAAGACCUACGCCGACACCACCGCCAAUCAGAACGACAACCUCCAUGUGUCCAUCCAGAAGCUUCCUGAGAAGAGCUGCUACAUCAUCUAUGAGUUCUGGCAGGACCGUAUUUCCUGGAUGAGUUAUUUGCAGUCUGACGCCAGUAAGAUGUUCCAGCGCUGCAUCAUAGACAUGCUGGAGGAUCCAGAGAUCGUCUGCACGAUGCUCAUGCCAGCGUCCUGGUGGAUCAUGACAAACAACUAACAGCAGCAAGAAAACACCGCUGAACCCCGAUCUGAAACAUCACCCCAGUGUGUCUUUGAAUUAAUAACUAGACCUAAAAAAUCAGAUGAAUCAUCUGUACGUGUGACACACACACGCCGUUUUUGUGUUGCAUAUUAUUAAUAACGUCUGUCUGAUAGUUCACUGAAAACAAAACAUGUUACACAGGGUUGUGCAUCAUUCAGAACUGAAUUCAGAUGCUUUUACAAAAAAGUUCAAUUCCUGAAUUUGAAUCGAAUUUGCAAACAGGAAGCAAAAAUGUUUGAAUUCAUAGAAAAUGCGACGUAAUUCA